AUGUCUUCCAACGGAUCUGUUACCAAAACACGCAAUUUUUAUAUUGAUGAGCCACCAAUCAAUACUGACAUUGAAACUUUCUUUACAAAAUAUGCUUCCAUUCCAGUGCCGGAACUACGUGAACACUUGUUGAUAAUUCGCAAUCGUGCUUACCAAAACCAUAAUUAUCCAUGUCUUGGUCGCUGGGGUUUUCUUGAUUUUUCUAUUCAACAAAACCCUAUUUACAAAGAAGUUGUUGAAAAAUGCAAAACUGAAGGUGCAACAGUAAUUGAUUUUGGAUGUUGUCUUGGCCAAGAUGUACGCCAACUUAUCUAUGAUGGAGUAUCUCCGAAUCAAAUACGUGGAUAUGAUUUAGAUCCUUUUUUCAUUGAUCAAGGUUAUGAGCUAUUUCGAGAUGCAGAAUUGAUGAAAGAAAAGAAAAUAUUUAGUACAGGUGAUAUAUUUGAUGAUGAAUUUUUAAAGACAAUAGAACCAGCUGAUUAUGUUCAUGUUGGUUCAUUUAUUCAUCUAUUUGAUGCUGAAACACAGAAGGAUGUAUGCAAACGACUUACCCAUCUAUCUAAACAUGCAAUCAUUGGACGACAGGCUGGUUUAUUAGUAGCAGGAGAACAUCCUCGCGCAACUGAUGGUAAAAAAAUGAUGAAACAUUCUCCCGAAAGCUUUACACGCAUGUGGGAUGAAGUUACAAAUGGCAAAUGGUACGUGGAAAGUGCCACUUUAACAAAAACGACUAUCGGAACAAUUGACAAUGAAAAACUUAUUUUUGUAGUUAGAAAAAGAGAUGAAAAAUAA